AACUUUUAAAACCAUUUCUGGAGACGAGCUGACCUCAGAGCUCUGUUCUGCCUGUGCACGAGCACAGGUAGAACACGGCUCUGGUUUUUAAAUAUGCAGCAUAGGUCCGAUGUCAAACGUUUUACACCUAAAAACACAAAAUGCUUUUGACACGAUUAUAGAUGGCACUGAUGCUCUGACAUAGUUCAGUGAUGCUGUAUAUGCUUCCACCCACACGAAGAGCUGCUGCUUUUCCUUCUUUCUUUACAUAAAGACUGGAUGUAGGUUUUUGUCAAAGAUAAGUUACAACAUACCCGGAUGUUUGUUAACCUCUUUCGUCGCCUAUAUGCGGUUUUUGAUCUGGUGUCAGUGGGAACGUGACUCUGAAAGCAAAUGAACAAAUAAGAUCAUAAACAGCAUCAACAGGCAGAGUGAUUCAUCACUCCUCUCUCGAAUUCACCGCAGCGGUGGCACUUCUCAUCCGAGUUGCAGGUUCUGCUGGAGGGAAAUUCAAAGAAGAAAUCAAAUCAGGAAUGAAAAAACAAAAACCUGAACUCUGAAUCUCCCCUACUGCAAUCAGCGAGAGGACGAAGUGACCCCAGCAUAGAUGGAGGACGGCUGGAAGAAGGAAGAGGAAGAUGGACAACUGAUGAUGAAUAAAACCGAAGUGAUGACGGGAUGAAAGAGGAGAGAUAUAAUAAAGGAGAACAGAAGUGAGGAUGAGGAGGUGAAGAAGGAGCGAUCAUGAAAGCACAGAAAAGGGGUGGACGAGAAACUAAAGUCGGUGUAACCACCGGAUUUACAUUGUUCCAAAUCUGUGACAUGUUGACUGCUUUACUGUUUCUUUUUCUUUGUGUGAAAAAUGGAAAAAGAACUAAGGCUAUCAUCGAAAAGCUCAAACCGGGUGCGAGAAACAUUUAAAUAAAGCAAAGAUAAAAAAAACUGGACUGAAUAUAAAACAUGUGUCCGUUUGGUCUUUUCCAGCCCGGCAGCUUGGUGAAAUAAACCUGCGCUGAGCUGAGAUUCUUAUGGAAAUCAAAACAAACGAGAUUAAUAUGAAGGAAUAUUUUUACUGAGGUGAAUUAAAAACAGGCUUAAAAGCUAAAAUAUUAAAAUGAUUCCGUUUGAGUGGAAUCUGAAGCUGUCUGCACUCGUGGAUUUUAUUUAAAUUCCAGAUCAUAUUGUUAGAAAUAAAAAGAUCAAACUCAACAUUUCAGGAAGAAAUCUCUGGGAAAAAAAAAGAUUUCAAACGUAAUAAAACCGCUAAAAUGAUAAAAAUGAUGGUGGAAGAUUAAAACAUGAGCCCGGGUCUCGCCUCAAACUUUCGGUCCCCCCCCCCAGGACUGGUGUGAGAGAGGGGGGAGAGAGCGGUGCCUCCCCCUCUUUACGCGCGUCAGCCUCCUCUCUGUCUCCAGAAGCUUAUCGGAGGAGCAGCUGCAGGAAAACUUUUCCGUCUCUCUGGUCGUUGGUGCCGGUGUUGACCCCCCCACACCCCUGCUGUCUCUGCGUCUUUACGCGCGAGCUUCCCUUUGCGCAAAAGCGGUCGACCCUCCGUGCGCACUCAUGGAUGACGAGUUCCUCUCGAACCUUCCCGCGGAGGCUCUGAGCCCUAACUCCACGGAGGUACCCGGACCGUGGUCGUCCGCGGACGGUGCGGAGACCGUACACUUCGUGGUGCGCUGCGUGAUGACCUCCGUGUACAUUCUGAUCAUCGUCGUGGGUCUGCUGGGCAACAUCACGCUGGUGAAGAUCUUCAUCACCAACAGCGCCAUGAGGAGCGUGCCCAACAUCUUCAUCUCCAGCCUGGCGGCGGGAGACCUGCUGCUGCUGGUCACCUGCGUGCCCGUGGACGCCUUCCGCUACUUCUCCGAGGAGUGGGUGUUCGGAGAGGCGGCGUGCAAACUCAUCCCCGUCAUCCAGCUCACCUCGGUCGGGGUGUCGGUGUUCACGCUCACUGCGCUCAGCGCUGACAGGUAUAAGGCCAUAGUAAACCCCAUGGACAUCCAGACAUCCAGCGCUGUCUUCUGGACGUGUCUGAAAGCUGUUUCUAUCUGGCUGCUGUCCGUCCUGCUGGCUGUUCCUGAGGCUAUUUUCUCCCAAGUCGUCUCCAUGCAGGGUCACAGGGACAACACAAAUGUCACCUUUGUGAACUGCGUGCCCUACCCACUGUCCAAUCAGAUGCACCCUAAGAUCCACUCAGUGAUGAUCUUCCUGGUUUACUUCCUCAUCCCUCUGGCCAUCAUCUCGGUGUACUACUACCACAUCGCCCGCACACUCAUCAAGAGUGCCCAUGACAUGCCGGGGGAAGUCAGCGAGCACACCAAGAGACAGAUGGAGACGAGGAAGCGUCUGGCUAAGAUCGUGCUGGUUUUUGUGGGCCUGUUCGCCCUGUGCUGGUUCCCAAACCACGUCCUCUACAUGUACCGCUCCUUCCACUACCACCAGAUGGAUCUGUCGCUGGCCCACCUCGUCAUCACUCUUCUAGCCCGGGUCCUCAGCUUCUCCUCGUCCUGCGUCAACCCCUUCGCGCUCUACCUGCUCAGUGAGAGUUUCCGCAGACACUUCAACAGUCAGCUGCGAUGUGGUCGAGGUCCUCGCCCUGAGCGCCAAGCCAGCUAUCUGCACAGCACCUCCCACAUCCGCCUCACCUCCAUCAAGAAGAACACACCCACUGCUGCCCUCGCUCCGGCAGCCAAUGGAAACCCCAACAGACAGGAAGUGGCUCUGUGAAGCAGGACGCUAAGAGUCUGACAUUUUCAGCUUCACCUCCUCCCGAGUGUGAAACGUUGGACUAGUGUAGGAGAGGUUUUCUGUUGCGGAGCAGCAAUGGAUGGAUGGGUGGAGGGAUGGACAGCGGACAUGAGUCUUAUACAAGUUGAAUGGCUGCAAUCGCUCCUUUCCCAUCAGACUUAUCGUCUACAUCCUUACCUUGGCAACCAAACAGAAAGUGCCUCUUAGAAAUACUAGACGAACACGGACAGUAUAAAAACUGAGAACACUUUUCUCCAGGACGAUUCUCCAGAUUUAUUAACAGUCACUGGAUAAAAAAUAAAGAUGGAUGGAAUCAAAUUUGUGACAAAUGCCUCACAGACGUUAAAGCCGACAGCAUGGCUGCAAUGUUAGCAUAUCUGCAGCGAUUGCUCGUUUCUCUGUGCUUUGCUGGCAGGAGGUUCACCGUCGAUGGACUCAUCUAAAAAGCCAUUUUGAGUGUUGAUUUCACUGAGUGGGCUUGUUUGUCUUCUGCGGUCAGAUAACAAGUUUCAGAACUCUCAGAGGAAAAGAUGUUCAUGUCUUAUCCAAGGAUGUCUCGGAGAAUGCUCCUCAGUGAUGGGGUGUCGCCUGUCUUUAUCCGAACUCCUGCUAAGACCACUUCGGAGACGAAUGGACUUAAACCUGAAUCUGUUUGAUAGCGCUUUGUUUUGUGGCUCUGUUGCUCGCUGUAUCCACCAGGUUUUAACAGCUAACAGUCUUAAAACACACUUUUGUGAAAAGUGCUUCUCUGGUGCCAGCUUCAGUUUUUCUGGAUGUCACAUUAGUGGAAGCAGCCUUAAACUCUUUAACUUGCUGUGUGUGUUGAACUCAUAAGGACCUCUGAUGAGAAUAGGGUCUGGCAGGGCUGCUCUCGUUAGCCCUCUGGUCCUUGAACAAUAACACAGGCGGUUUGAGCUGGAAGCCAGCGGGCAUUUGUCCUCACCAAGGUCCUGUUUGUGUUUUCAUGGAGCAAAUCUCAAGGUGCUGCUCGGUGUUAGGAAAGUACCCAGUGUGGCCUAUUUCUGCAGGCGGUAGCAUCGCCAACCUGAGAAGCUCGAGCACAGAGUGUGACCCAUAAUCCUCUGCUGGAAAGCUUCGGGUCACUUUCUCUUGCUUCAAAUCGAGUCGCUAGCCAAACUGACGAAGUAUCUUGGGUCUGAUAGAAAAUGACUGACAGGCAGAUAGCUUAAGCUGAGCCUGAAGUUGCAGCUCUUGAUUUACUCAUGAGAAGAAAACGAUCUUGUUGGAAGUGAUGUGAGAUCGCUGAUUCACUUUAAUGUAUAUUUGUACAGGAGAAAUUCCCCUCACCUCACAGCCAACAAACAGCAGCUCUUGCUUUUCAUUUUAAAAUAAAUGCUGCUGUUGCCAUAGUUUUGGUGUUAGAAGGGGAACCUGAACCCGUCUGCUCACAUCAGCAGAGUCUCUGUUUUACUCAGAUUUCCUGAUGUUUCUGUUUUCGAACUGCAGACUUUAAUGUUGUUGUUGUUUGGCUGCCAAUAAACUGCAGAGUCUUUUGAAAGGCAGCAAACUGUUCCUCGCAGCGUCGUGCUUUUCAUGUCAACUGUCUCAUUAUCCUUCAAGCUUUAAGAGACUUUUGCUCUCCUGAUAGGUUUGAAAUGUAUUUUUCUGUGAGUGGUUUUACUUGCCGAGGGUAGUGGCACGAUUCCAGGCUUUCUUUUAUAUCGGCCUUCACAACUCUGAGAGAAGCAGAAGAAAAAACAGAUUUUUACUGAACCACCGACUCGACACACUUCAGCCCAACACUGGAUUUUAUUAUUGGCUCAAAUGUGAUGCAUACUUUGAUGAUCACAGGUGACCUCCAGAGGUAUUACAAAUUUCACUGACAUCAAUAUUUGGAGAUUUGGCUCACGAGAGUAUUUGACAAUGGAACCGGAGAUGUAAGUGAAAAAAGGGAAAAGCAGAUUGAUUCCAAUUUAAGAAGCCUUUAAAGCAACAUAGAAACUAGAGGGCUUUAAAUGUGGAUUCAGGGUGUUCUAGAACAUUAAUAAGAGCUAAAUUAUAGGAAGUGCUUUGCUUCAAAACAAAUAUUAUUUCAUGAAUUAAUUGUUAGCCUGCUUGUAGAUAAAUCCCACAUGCAAAGCAUCGCCCUGCCGUGCACUUCAUGAAGACUCCUCGGGUUAUGAAGUAAGAGUGACUAGUCUGAACUCUCUUUUCCUUCCAUAAUAACUAAUUGCAUCACAAAUUUUUAUGGACCUGUGAAAUAAAGAAUUACACAGACUUAUGCUCUUGAGGAAAGAGCUGUGACACACUCAUGCUCAUUUUUGAUCGCCUCAAUUAAUCCUGUUACCGACUGUUAACAAUCAGGAGCAGCUCCUCACCCAUCCAUGGAACAAGAUUACCAUCAUCACCCGGCAAUAUCUUGCUCACCUGUCACUGCAGUCACCGCAGAAUCAGAUUUUGAUAAUAAGCCUUUCCUGGUGGAUGCAAAGGCUAACAGAGCUUUGUGCUUCUGCCUUAGCGUGAACAGCUGAUGGAGUAUCUGUGCACAGAUCAGCGUGCCAUAUUUUCAAAGAGAUGCUGUGACGUCCCGUUUACCGUGUUUUGUGUGUUUUCUUUGAUAUCGUGCAUGCUUCACCUUCCUGUGCUGGAAAAUCCUGUUUGAAUGUCAGACACUCACGUAAUAAAUGCUUCUGCACGGGCACACAUUCACACACCAAUCUGCAGCAUCAUUGGCAUAUUUUAGUAGAAAUAAAUGUAUUUUAAAGGCUUAUUUAAAGUGGAGAGAGGACAGGUUACAGGGCAGCCUGGCUGCUGGUCGUCACCUCAGGCUCGUAGCUUUUAAAUUAGACAAUCAAAUGUAAGAAGCUGAAAUUACAGCGUGCAGGCAGCUGUCACCGGGCAGUGGGUGGAUGGACAGCGGGUGGUUUGUCACAUCUGCUAAACCUUAUGGUUUGACCAUGGCUCCGUUUCACAGAAUAACCUUCAUCAGAACCUGUAUGGAUUCAAUCAGGCCAGUGAUAAACCACGCAUGGCUUGAAAACUCUUAACUAGUGAAAAUAUAGUAAUCUGUGUGUGUUUCAUGUCACCAUUAAAGGGCAACAGUGCAGAUGGAUACACACUUCAGUGGCAUCUGCUUGAGUCUUUUGUCGGUUUAGUGGAACGAGCAGCAUCUCUGAGCCGCUAUCAUGUUCAUCUUGUCACUUUGUACGCUGUCAUUGCUGCCAGGGCUAUAAAUGACCGUUUUGUCUUUUAAGGAGGCUGGUGUGCUGACAGUCAUGCCAAAACAUCUGGCCAUGGAAGAAAGAGGAACGUUUUAGUUUUUAGUGUAGCUCAGAACUUUUUAAAGAAUUUCAAUCUACAAAGAAUUAGAAGGAUGCUCACAGAAGGCUACAUACAGCAAGGCUUCUGUCUGUUUCUUGUAGUUUAAAAAAGUGACUCAUAUCCACUUUAAAAAUUAAUUUAAGUUCCACUUUUCCUCUGAGCUUUGGAAAGCUUGGCUUUUUUUCCCAUGAAAUCUAGCUGCAGGUUGUCAGAUCUGAGAACUAAAGGUUGAUGAUUGGCAUUCUUGGCUGAAAAGGGACUCAGACAGUCAAACGGCUUGUUGCAGCUCUAUUCCACGUCUCAGCUCAUUAAACCACAUAUUAUUUGUCCAAUCAGUUUAUGUUCCAGUGCCAAGAUCUCUCCAUAAUAUGUGUUUUUUCUCAGAUAUAAAGAACCACUGAAAGGAAUCGAGCAGUUAAUCUGGGUUCAUGUAUCACACCUGCUUUGUUGAACUGCUGACUGUGAGGAAAGCUGUCAGCCUGUUCUGUGCCUGCAAACCGAAGAGCACCUCAAACUUGACCUGAAAGGAGCAUUUGAAGGAGUGUUUCAAAGCUAGCUGCCCACCCUGGGUUUCUGUUCAGAAUCAUGCAAUCUGUCGGUCCAGCUUGUAUAUGUCUAACUUUAUAAAAGGAUCAGCUACACUCUGUAAGAGUUUCCACAAACUGAAACCAGAAUUUGAGACUGAUUGAAUGUUAUUAAAAUGGACCAGGCCUUAACAACUAUUUAAUCUGAUUAUUUAAGCAUUAUUUAAGCACUGUGUGAUAACAGCAGCUCCCCCACCACAUCCAAUCAUAGCAAUCUAUCAAACUGUGUCCAUGACAAACGUAAUGAGAAAGAGCUGUUCCGGUCCUGAAAUCUGAAAUCCUUCCUUCUCUGCUUCACCUUUUUGACUUUGCUCUGUUUGUUUCUGCGAGACUUCACUUCAUAAUCAUGCUUCUGUUUAGAGGGCGUCUGUCUGUCUCUUUAAAACUAUCCACAGUCACACUUUCUGACAGUGGACUACAGAAAAGGAAAGCAGUGGGUCAUUCGAGGUUCUCAGGUCAUGAUUUCUUGUGUCAUCUUCAGACUUUUUGUUUACCUCUACCAAAUACCCAGACCAUUUUCAAGCUCUUUGAAAAAACAAAGAAAAAAGUAUGCUAUCUGCUCAGACAUUAACUAUGAAUGCACGCACCGACUAACACCUACUGUGUGUGUGGAUGCGUCUAAACAUCAGCUGUGUGGGGUUGCAGGGAAAGUAGGGCGCAAAUGCAGGACUCUCUGUAAUGAAUGCAGUGCAUUUAUUUACAGUGAGGUAAAUAAUAACCUUCUCCCAGUGUCCGUGCUCCGUGUUUCCGCUCCCUUUGUGCCUCUGUACAGCGUGCUUGUUGCCCUCUAGUUUCCUCCUGGGAAAUCACAGGGGCAGCCAUUAGUACAUUCACAAUUGCGGCAAACUCACACUUACUGACUGUCUUGCUGGGAAACUAACGGGAACUCUUGCAACGAUCAGGCGUCGACGCAAGCUGAGCCACUCUCCCAAGUAGCUCCCACAGACGAGGCUGAUCCGCUGCAUGUCCCGGCAGGACACACUCUCUAGACCUGGUGUCCCAGGAAAUCCAGGACAUCGCCACACACACACACACACACAAACACAGAGGUGGAUUAUCUACUGUGUUUGUGGAUCAUUGUCCUGCUGCAUAACGUGACUGCUCGAGGAGAUUCUCCUUCAGGAUUUUCUGGUAUGGAGCAGAAUUCAUGGUUCCAUUAGUCACACCAAGUCAUCCUUAGGCAUCAGAGCAGCCCAGACCAUCACACUACCAGCACCGUGUCUGACUCCUGCUGUGAUUUUCUCUUUAUGAAACACUGGUAGUUUGAUAUAGAUGUAACAGGACUCAAACCUUCCAGAAAGUUCAGCUUUUGUCUCGUCAGUCUACAGAAUAUUUCCCAGAAGUCUGGGGGAUCAUCCAGAUUUUUGUUGGCAAAUGUGAGACGAGUCUUUGUGAUCUUUUUGGUCAGCAGUGGUUUUUCUCCCACGGAGGCCAUUUUUGCCACGUCUCUUUCUUACUGUUGAAUCAUGAACUCUGACCUUAACUGAGCCGACUGAGUCUGCAGGUCUUUAGAUGUUGUUCUGGAUCUUCUGUGACCUCCUGGAUGAGUUGUCUAUGCGUUCUUGGAGUAAUUUUGGUUAGGGGUCUAAGGUUAGGGGUCUAAUUUUGGCAGGUUGGUCUAAGGAGCCUGGAAAGAAAAGUGGCGUUUCUUGAGGACCUUUCAUCUCUCAUCCGAGAAGCUUCUUCAGUUCUGAAGAAGGGGCAAGAUGUUUUUGGGGGGUCUGGUCACUCCUGGGAAGGUUCAGCACUGUUCUCUGACUUCACCAUUUGUGGAUGAAGUCUUUGGACACCUUUCCAGACUGAUAGAUGCCAUUGACUUUGUUUCUCAGAUGUCUCUUUAGAUCGUGGCAUGAUGUGCUGCUUAAUGAGAUCUUCUGGCCAGCUUCACUUUGUCAGACAGGUUCUGUUUUAGGUGAUUUCUUGAUUUAGUGGGUCUGACAGAAAUUAGGCCUGGGUGUGGUUGGUGAAACUGAACUGAAGCAUAUAUAUAAAUACUUAGGUUAUUUUUGUGUAAUGUUAAAGUUUGUUUCAUCAUCUGAAAGGCAAAAACUAAGAAAUCAGAAAGGGGGCAGAUACUUUUUCACAGCACUGUAGGGCUGAUCAGGUGGUUUAGACUUAAAUACGACAGAAAUCGAGCAUGAAUGUGAGACAAGGUGUUUUCCAAGGUGUACUCUGUCAUUGUAUUAUUAUUUUGUAUGUUAAGUAGUAACUGUCUUUAAAAGAUGAAAAUAGCAGCAGAAAUGGUUUGUUGAAACAUCAACAUGAGGAUUUUUGAAGCCACUUUGAGUUGGUCAAAGCAGAAAUGUCCCAAACACCUAAUUAAGUUUAAGUUGUAUUUAUUAUUUUAAUAUCUUCUAUAGUUUUGAUUGAAAAUUGUUAGUUAUAUACCUGCAGGCUGUAAACAUGAUCAUCUUUACAGUGAUUUGAAAUGGGCCUGAAUCACUGUUGGACCAGCAUCAAGUGGAGCAAGUCCAGUGUUCGGCUUCAUUUUUCAGCUCAGUUUGCUAAAAAAUAUAAUAAACAUCUGCAUAGGAUCGUUCUGGUCAAAGCACCAGAAACACGAUGAUGCUGUGGGCAGAUGGGAGCUUAACUUGGGUGUAUUGGUGUUUAUUUCAGCUAAUGAGUAAUGAUCUGUAGCAGGAAAAUGCCAAGGAUGAAUAAUAUGAUUAAAGCGUCACUGAGAAGUCUAUUUUUUUCAACAUAUACUACAUGGAUAAAAACACUGGGCCGCCUAGACGUUACCAUGGAAACCCACUAUGAACCACCCAGCUCACAGUUUCUGUGCUGAUGUUAAUGCUGGAGUGAUACCACUUCCAGCUGAUCAUGGAAUAUCUUAGAGGGAAAGAAAUCCAGUUAAGCUGACUUGUUGUAAUAGUGGCAUCCUGUUACAGCACCACACUCAACAAUUCUUCUACAUUAAAAGCUAAGAAACAAAAUGACUUGUGCGCAUCAUAGUGCUCAAGUUUUUUAGUCUUUAAAGAAAAGGAGAACUUGGAUGUCGCUCAGUCUGCAGGGAGCAGGAGCAGUGCAGCCUGGGUGGAAUUAACCUGGAUGAAGGGAGUCUUAAACACACUGUGCUGGGCCAGCCGCCCUCCGUCCCAUCAUGCUUCACUACACUAACUUACAGCAGUAAAAACUGCUUUGCUUAUUUCUUUCAUUUCCAGUCACACUUGAGAUCACAGUGUGGAUGAGGCUGCUGCAUAAUCAAAGAUAUGGCCUGAAUGUAAUUGAAAACUCAUGCGGUGCUGAAUGCAUGUUCGCAUUAUCUCUCAUAGGAGAGAGCUGGAAACAAGGUGCUGCAUGCCCAUAUAUUACCUCCGUGCAGCUGAUAAUGAGAUGAUUUUAAAACAGGUCUGACAGAGAAUAUCUGGGUGAGAACAUUUAGGUCCAAGAAACCUCCCUCUUCCUCAUUUCAUUUAUUUAACAAGCACUGUAUUCAUCGAUCCAGAGGAAAGUAGCAGUGCAUGAGCCACAGUUUGCCCUACAGGCUAAUUUUAAUCUGCUGUCCUCGGCCACAUCUCCAAAUGGUUAUCUAAAACACAAUAAAAAGAUCAUAAACACUGCACAGAGUACAGAUAAUGCAGACUGACUCAUACCGUAGCUUACUAAACCUGUAAUACAGCCUUAGAUACAAAAUAACGCAGGAGAGAUCAUUAAAUAAGACACAAAACAAACAAGAAGGCAAAAGAUGAUGUUGGCGACUGUCUGUGUGCUUUUAAUUCAUUUCAAUUCAAUACAUUCAAUACAGCGCCAAAUCACAACAACAGUCACCUCAAGGCCCUUUAUAUUGUAAGGCAGACCCCACAAUAAUACAUUUUUUAUUAUAAGUUUCAUGACUUAAAAUGUUUUCAAAACACGAUGAAUAAAACUUGUGAUAUCUUCAACUUAUAAAUUUAUAGAAAGUGAUUAUUUUAUUAUUUUUUAUGAUUAUUAUUCUAUAUAUUUAUUUACACAUUGAUUUAGAAUCUUUGAAGAUUUAGCAAACAUGAAGAAGUAAAAAAUGACUUUAGCCUGAUGUAAUAUGCAUAUAGAUAUAUAUCAGUGAAGCUUCUUUGUGAGCUGAAAAAAAUGUCUGGGUGGUGCAGCCGAAAGGUGGUUGAGUGUGGUCAUUUGGGUUCCCAGCUGCAGAGUAAAGACAUCGGUGAGUGGGGAAAGAAGAUGAUUAUAUGUAAUCAAGUUGAGCAAUUAGACAGAGAGAAACAUGCCCAUUAUUAGACAAGUUUCAUAAAAGCUGCAGAUAUCGCUCACAUUUCAGAGAUGGGGGCAGCUUUCUUUGUUUCCAAAGCCUUAUCUUCACCCCUCUGUGCCAAACAGCUCAAUUAUUGUCUUUUAAAAACACAUCAGUGAGUCUCUGUUGCUCCCACUGACACGUUCUUAAUUACUAGCAAUAUCUUGAAUAUUAGCUUUCACUGCAGUGUUUUCACAGUGACCGAUCCUGCUGCUACAAAUACUCACAGGAGCAGCAAAAUAAUGAAGUCACUGCCUCUCAAAAGGCCAACAAAAUGAAUGUUUCCUCCCGAGUGUUUGUUAGGCAUUAUAGUGACUUACUGUUUUAGACAAAUACUGACCACACUGUAAAAAAUUAGCUUUACAUUUCACAAUCAAAGAAGGUACAAUCGUGGAGCUUUUUCUUUUCACUGAACUGUUUUAUAAAUCAAAAUAAAAUAUAGUAGAAGGUGCUAGGUUUGAAUGCACCAGCUGGCUGGGUUCUUGCUGUGUGGAGGUUUCUUGUUCACCCCUCUGUGGGUCUCUGUGGGUUCUUCCCACAGUCCAAAGACAUGCAUGUUAGUGUCAGUGUUGUGUACAAGAAAAAUAUUCCUCUUUUUUAACCAAAUCAUGGUCAUCUCCUUCUACCCUGUGAUUGCUGUGGUCAGUAGUAGAUUGCUGCAGUUUCCUGUAGUUUGCAUGAAAGACGCCAAUUUGCUAACGAACCACUUUUUCAAGUUUUACUGCAGCUGGAACUGGAAAAUGAGAGCAUUGGACUUCAAAGUAAAAGCUGUGCUUUACCACUGCGACCAACACAGCACAACUCUUAUUUUGAAGGCAAACGGUCUCAGGUUCCUGUUUGUGUCACACUCUGCUCAGUUUCACUACUGCUCGGCAAGCAGUUGCAGUGUUUCCAGACCAUUUAGAAUCUUCCAUCCAAACCAUGGGUGACACUAGCACUCUGUUUGCAAGCAAAGCAACCACAAAGAGGUUCACGGUGCAGCAGCAGCCGGUAACACCAAGCAUCCUCCAGCAACUGCUCGGCAACCAGUGAGGGAAAAACUAAAACCAGUGUAGGUUUGACACUGAGAACUUAGCCACUCAUUUCACAGCGAGUGCCAGCAACAGCUGGGGAAUAAAUGUUUUUCCAUGACUGGUGCUCACUAACCGGCCUCCUGCUUGUGUGAUGGCAGAACAAACAUAACUAAUAAAAACUGAAGCAAAGAGUCCCUGAAAAUACAACAAGACUAAAACCACAAAGUUUCAUCUGGUUUCACUGGUUCCAGGAAUAAAACUAGUUGAAAUUUAGUUUUUAACACGAGACUGUACUGUGUUAACAGUAGGUACAGACAGUAACUACAGCAGUAUUACACACUGCAAUAUAACCAGUUGAUCAAAUUUAUGCGGUAUGGAGGGUAUUAUUAUUACUCAUCAUUAAUUUUCAGUGUUGGAAAAUGAGAGGCGAUUUUAAAUCAAUUAGGCCCGACACACCUCUGGGGGUGUAAGACAAAGAAAGAAGAAUAAGACAAAGAAAAGGUAUGCCGGGCCUGUUAACUGCUUGUCCAAUGAGAGCCACACAGGAAGAAUUAGUAACCAGUGGUUGUCGGUAAACUUUGCUUUAUAUUGCCAUUUGUGUCACAGUGGUGCGAGGGGAGAUAAGGACACGGUUCAUGUUGGUCUAAGGGGACAAACACACAAUUAUAAUAUUAAAGACUUUAAUUAGAUGGGUUCAAAGGAUCACAGGUUCUGUUCUCCUUCCAAGAAAAAACAGAAGAGUAGUUCAAAAGGAGAAGGUGACCUAUGUGAACGUGUCAAUGUGAGAUUUAUGUGACUAAAAGAAAAUUAAAGCUAAAAGAAACGGUGGCGCAUCACUGAUGAGACCUGAAUGAUGAAAACUUUCUGCAUUGUGCCUGAAACAGAAAGAAGACAGUUAUGUGCUCAGCUGUCAUUUAAAACAAAUGAAAAAUGAACUGUGUGAAAUUUUCUGUGUAAAGAUGUUUAAUUAUCAGAGUUCUAGUUUAAUAAUGUUAAAUUUGUGUUUUCCUGUUUCAGCUUUCUGUAUUUUUGUGUUUUGAUGCUUUGCAGAUGUUACCUUUCUGAAUAUGCUGCCACCGCACUGAUGCAUGUUGUAAUGUAACCCUAAUAAAGUACAGUCACAGGUU